GCCAGCACAUCAACGGCGGCUGCAAGAAGGUCAUCAUCUCGGCGCCGCCCAAAGACAGCACGCCCAUGUACGUCAUGGGUGUCAACCACGACAAGUACGACGGCUCGGCGCACGUCGUCUCGAACGCCUCGUGCACGACCAACUGCCUCGCUCCGCUCGCAAAGGUCAUCCACGACCACUUUGGUAUCAUUGAAGGCUUGAUGACGACGGUGCACGCGGUGACGGCCAACCAGCUCACGGUCGACGGUCCGUCGCGCGGCGGCAAGGACUGGCGCGCCGGUCGCGGCGCCGGCGCCAACGUGAUUCCGGCUUCGACGGGCGCGGCCAAGGCCGUCGGCAAGGUGCUGCCCGAACUGAACGGCAAGCUCACGGGCAUGGCGUUCCGCGUGCCGGUGCCCGACGUCUCGGUCGUCGAUCUCACGGUGCGUCUCGAACGCGGCGCGUCGCUCGCAGCGAUCAAGGCAGCCGUCAAAGCAGCGUCCGAAGGUCCGAUGGCCGGCAUCCUCGGCUACACCGAGGACGAGGUCGUGUCGCAAGACUUUGUCUCGGACAAGCGCUCGUCCAUCUUUGACGCCAACGCGUGCAUUGCGCUCAACGACAACUUUGUCAAGCUCGUGUCGUGGUACGACAACGAGUGGGGCUACUCGAACCGCCUCGUCGACCUCGUCUUGCACAUGGCGACGAUCGACCAAAAGUAAGAUCGUAGCUGCACACUCGCGACGCGGACGAUCGAAGGACGCAAGAAGACGCGACAGCAGUUUGCACUGAUUUUUAUGGCCGGCGGAAGCGCACGCCGGGCCUCGUAGCUCGUUACGUAGCUCACUAUUGAUUAUACACACCGUACUAUUGCAA